GAAGGGGUACGGCGAAAAAUUGAAUCAAGGGGGUGGAUGGAGAAAGAAGUUUUGGUUCCGAUCAGGGACAAUGUGGCUGAUGAAGCUUUAAUGUUUGAUCAAAUAAAUAUGGAAAUCAAAACUGAGGAAAAUGAAAUUGAUAUUCAGAAGGGUGAUGUUUAUGCUCCUGCAUCCGAGAAAGGCGAGGGAAGUAGUGUUGUAUUCUCCAGAGAAGGUCCUCUUGUGAAGAAAGAAUCUGUUCUAGCUCAUGGGUGUAAUUCCAAUGAACAAAGUCCCAAGUCCAUGCUAAUGGUGACAGAUCAUAAGCAGGGAAAGAAAGGGAAGUCCUGUCAUGAAAAGAAACUUAGCAGACAAGAUAGAUUCGAGUUGGGGCGGUUGUUUCAGGGUGCUGUAAGCUCACAUGAUUGGGAGCUUGCAGAUAGUUUGAUUGCUUUGGCAGAUCCCCCGACUCUUAAUGAUGCUUUGUGUAUCACCUUGGAUUCAAUCUGGUUUUUGAGCACACAACAAGAGCUUCAUGGAAUAACUGGGUUAAUUAAGAACAUCAUUGUGAGUGGAGCUUAUGAUUUUACAAGAGCAGCUCUUAGGACCUCUUUUCUGGCUUCGUGUGUCUCUGCCUGCCAGAGUCGAACAAUGAGUCUUGCAGAUACUGUGACUGUCAUGGCACAGAGGUUGCGUGAGCGUCUCCAAGAGUGCAAUGGAGAUGAGGUUUUAAAAGCAGAGGCUGGUACUAAGGUUCAAAAGUUCACAGAGUGGGCUCUGAAAUGCAUAGGUUUCCAUUCUGGGUGCCAUGGAAAUAAGGACCGAGUGACUCAGAGCUCUGCUGCUGAGAUCCAACUUCAGUUAUCUGCUUUCAAAAUGUUCCUAGAUUUUGCUGGCAAUCAACUUACUGGAAAAGAUUUCACGGAAGCCUUUGAUGCUGCUUGUUUCCCACUCACUCUAUUUUCUAGUUCAUUUGAUCCUGGAUGGGCAACUGGAAUAUCAGCAACAGCAAUCCAAGGUUUAUUAUGUUUGCUGGUGGAGGGUGGUGCUGACAAUGUUAACCAAUGCUUUCUUGAAGCCUCUCGCUUUGGAAGCACAGAACUUGUGCGGAUUUUAUUACAGAUUGCCCAAAGGAACAGUUUGGACGUUGAUGUUGAUCUGGCUUUAGGUUUUGCUUCUCACUACUGUAAGAUUGGCACUAUGGAGUGCUUGGUGGAAGAGGGUAACGCCAUAGCUUUCCUAGGUCCUCUAAUGAGAGCGGCCGAAAGAGGAUGUUUGCCGGUGGUUGAGUGGUUUGUGAAAAGAGGUUGUCAGGACAUGGAACUCUGCUUGGCCCUCACCGCUGCUACCUCUAGCAGCCAAAUUAAUGUUGCUGCUUAUCUUCUUCCCCAUGUUCCUCAACACGUACUCGCUGCCCUCAGCAUUGAAAUUCUCAAGGCUGCUGGGGAACGUAGCAGUGGUUCUCUUGAUGGCGUGGAGUUUCUCCUUCAUUCCAACUUUCUUGGUGAUGUUUCUGCAACAUAUGCUGUUGCAGACAGUAUCUCCAAGUCGAGCGAUGAGUCUGUUGCUCCGGAGCUUAGGGCAUUUCUUCGGGAGCACUGGUCAGAGGCAGCUUAUGUGGAUGGUUUGAAACAAGGUCAAGAAAAUUACUUGAACUUUGUGCGGAUUUUGAGGUGGGGUGGAUUUCCAAUCUCUUUGAGGGAUAUUCCAGCACCCCUGAGGGUUGCAAUAGCUUAUCUACCACUGUAUAGGGAAUGUAUAAAGGUGAACGGAUACUUGUUUUCGCAAAAGCUGAGGGGGCAGCUGGUCGAAGCUGCAAGAAGGCUUGGUGGUGGAGUGUUAGAAGAGGUGAGCAACGGAAGGGAGCUUUUGGCUGUUUUGGAGCAUCAUCUUCCUCCAUUUUUGCUUCACAAGUUCAAGUUCGCUUAGCCAAGACCGUUGUUAUUGUAUCUUUUAUCUCCCACUCCUUAAAACGAAAAAAGAAAAGAAAAGAAUAGAAACAAGAAAGAAACGAAGAACAAGAUAGAGAAUGAGAAAGAAAGCAUUGCGAAAUGUGAUCGAUAUUCAAUUUAACGGGAUAGUGCGAAGCAUUUGUGGCUUGCCUAUUUUUCCUUCUAGCCUCUGAAGUUGAAUCUGCCUGGUUAUUUUCGAGAUAGGUGGCACUGUUUUGAAUGAAUGGUUCAUCAUAUCUUAUGUUAACGCACAUGUAAUGUAGGAUGUGGGGCAACAGCCACUGUUAGAAGGUUCGACCUGAACGAUGUGUACAUUACUGGUAUAUAUCAUCUUUUGUUCUCUGCCCAUGUGAAUUAAUGAUAAUGAGGAAACUUAAUAUCGUGUCAGCAUCAUCGUCCGUUGUCUCAGUCUGUAACUAGUGUGUUCGUCUUGGAGGCCAGUAACGAUGUUUUGUUCUCUUUUGUCUCUUGCUCUAAUAAUGAAAGCUCAAGGUUGUGAUCUUUUCAUA